CGUCCCGUCCCGCCUCCGCGCCCCGGGGCGCGGUGCGGUGCGUAUAUAACGCGGUGCGUGUGCAGCGCGGGGAGCGCCCGUCCCCGCAGCCCGGUACUGUCCUGCCCCUCUCCCCCGGGGUGCGGUAACACGAACCGCUUGUCCCAGGUCCGCAGCCGCCGCCACGAUGAACAGGAGCAUCUUCCAGAUACUUAAAACAAAAAGAGAACUCGUUCCCCUGGCUGGAAUACUGUCCGUGGCAGCAAUUGGGGCGUUCUCUUUUAGCAUGUAUUCCCUAUUCGGCAAAUCUGAUGUGAUGAUUAACAGGAGUGGCAAUCCAGAACCCUGGGAAAAUAUUGAUCCUACCAAGCCUCAGAAGCUAUUAACAAUCCAGCAGAAAUGGCAGCCUAUAGAAGAGCUGGAAAAUGUCAAAAAGCUUAUGAAGUGAGAAGUUUCUGUUGCCUCAAAAAGGUGCCCUAUGAAUCUAGUGGAAUCACUUCUGCACAAACUUGACUACUGAAAUCAGUGUGCGGAAAUGCUUCUGCUACAUUUUUAGGGUCUUCCUCCAUUUUUUUGGACUCUGAAUGAGGAGUUUCGUGUUGCUUUAGAAGUUGACAUACAGCAUCCACAUAGUCCAAAAAAACUGACUCAAAUAUUCAUUUUCAGUAGGCAUUUCAUGCCAAAUGUUGAAUAUUCAGAUGGUAAUUAUAGAUGGAAAAAGCCUUCACAGUUUUUGUAGAAUUUUGAGAUUUUUUUCAAAAUACAUUAGUUUUGUUAUUUUAUAAAUUUUUAAUGAAAUAAAUUCUAAAUUUUUACAACAUUUUAUGUAAAUUCCGUAAAUGGAGGUUACCCAAAAGCCCUUCUAAACUGGAAUUCCUGGUCUGCUUCCUCUCUAUGCUGUAUUUCAAUGCAGUAUAUAGACCAAAGUCAUAUCCAGAGGAUGUCUUUGUAUGGCAACAUAUGUGGUCAUAAAGUACACUUGCAUUUCUUGUCUACAUUAGAUGUGAUGACAGUUUAAGUCAAGACUAAUGUUCUGCUGCAAAUACUCAAACUUAUAUAUGUGCUCACCUUAACCCACUGAGGAGUCCAGUAGGUUAUUUAAGGGUGUGUUUGAGACUGCAGGAUUAGAACUGAAUAAUUGAGCAUGGCUAAUACAGAAAUGAAAAUGAGAUCAUUUCUGUUGUGUUUAAAUAUUGUUCAUGUUUAAAUUUAGAAAAAGUUACUAGAAUUAGGAAACUUGCAUUAUCCCAAACAAUGUUAAUUUCUUCUUUUUGUGCAAGGUUGUUCAAAUGCAAGCUCAAAUGUACUGCACAGUUAACAAUAUUUUUAAACAUUUCUACGUGCUGUUAGGAACAUCUACUUUAUCAAAUAGAAACUAACAUAUUAAAAUUAGAAAUGAUUCUAUGAAGAGACACUUCCUUUCUAAGCAUCUGUGUGUUUUCUUAUGGGUUGGCCAGGGAAAGAAUGUAAUGGGCAGACCCCCAGUAAAUUAAUGAGACAAGAAAUGCAUCCAAUGAUAGAACAGUCCUUUUGUAGAUAUCUUCUGUAUUUUUGUAGAUAUUUUCUAUCUUCUAAGCAGUUUCACAGUCUGUUACUCAGUUUCUUUUACAAUGGACGUUCAGAAGGGAGAUCAGUUUCUGUCAGGAAGAAAGCAAAAGUGAAACAACUGCUAACUGGAAAAAGUCCCCCUGAGUGAGUAAUAGUCAAGUGCUUUAGGUUGCUCUGCUGCAGCAAAGACAAACUUCAGCUAGAAAAGCCGCUUCCCAAAUUUCAAGGUGGCUUGGUUUCAGAAGCUUUAUGUUUUCUUCAGCUGAGGAAAAAAAAGUUAAAAUGUUACUUUAUCAGAUUCAGCGUAAAUAUUUAUCAAGUAAUGAUGACUCAGCAGCUUUUAUGUUUUAGAACGAGAGGAACUACUAGUUUUCAGAAUACCUUCUUAGCUUUCAUUUUAAGGAAUGGCAUUACAAGGUUGGAUAGCAUAGAACCACAAAGAUACAGUGCUCUGAGGAGUACAAGUUUAAAGUAUUUUAAUACAGAAAAUAUUUCAAAAUAUUUCUCUACUUUAUUCUAUAUUUCCAUAUUUUUACUGGACUGUGCCAAACAAAACAAAGUGCUGUGCUCUGAGUUGAUGCAUGAAUUAAAUGAGUGUGUUCUUCAGUACACCAGUUGUAUGGUCUGUAAAUACUAUGAAAUAAAUGUAAGUAAUUUUGAUGUCAUUUUUGUAUUUAACUACUUUUCAGUAAUGAUUCCAGUAACAUAUUAAGCAGUAUGACUGCUAUCAGUCAUGGGUUGUUGCUUCUCUCAUCCUGUCCUGAAGCAUAACAGCUUUGGUAAUAAACUGUUUUGCCUUGUUA